AUGUCACCUCCACACCCAAACACACAAUCCUCCACUGCUUUCCGCGCACCCAGGCCAGAAGGAACAUCUUUCGUGCCAAACGGCACCGAGAUGCAUCCUCAGUAUGAUCAGUUCUUGGACGGGUUUUCGCUGCAGUUCGGCCCUGUUCCAAACAAUUGGACUUCGUCUAGCCAGAUGGCGCCAGUCGCUCAGAUGCUCCCAAUUCCAGAUGCUUCUGCUCCAGGAUCGAGCCCAUCCAAGAAGCGACGGGCUUGGCCGAAUCCGCCGAGGUUCGACGACAUCCAUGAAUGCAAGGUCACGUUACCAAGUCUGCAGCAAUUACACUACUCGAUGCAACUUCAAGUGUUAAUAUCAUGGAGCGACUGGCACAAGUGGAGAAUGGGAAGUAGUCUGCCAGCUCGACCACCUUUGCUUCAAAGCGGUCCUCCUGUACCUGAAUACGCGCUGGACCAAUAUGCUCUUGGCGAAUUCGCGGGUCGGCAGGAUCGUGGACCAGCCAAGCGCAUACGAAAGUCAUUGCAAGAUGAAGUCGACCAAGACCUCACGCCUCAGAAGAAAGCGAUCACGGACUUGAUCAUGGAGCGGUUUGACAAAGCCCAGCACAAGCAAUUCCCCGAAGACAACACCAACGGCGUUCAAGAACCCGCACCGACCGCAAAUGGCACGGUGAAGGCAGGCACAACCAACGGCAACACUGGAACUUCCGCAUCCCCUCCAGCCUCCACCAAGCGUAAAGCCGAGAGCGAAGAGCUCAGCUCGCUCGACGACGAAUCACCCGCGCCGAAAAAGGUCAAAAAGAGCAAGCCCACAGAAACAGAUGCACAAAUAGCUGCACGUCUCCAAGCCGAGCUCAACGCAGGCACAAGAUCAACACGAGGCGGAGGCGCCAAGCGCAAACAAUCGAUCAAAAAGGAGAAGAAGCCCAAGAAAAAGAGCUCUGCCAAAGUCAACAGCGACGACGACAGCGACGUCGAGAGUGGCGAUCCGAAACCUGAACGGGAAAAGAAAGGCGGUUUCCAUAAACCCAUGAACCUCUCCGAACCCCUCUCAGCCCUGCUAGGGGAGACCCAACUAUCGCGGCCCCAGACUGUCAAAAAGAUCUGGGGAUACGUCAAAGAACGAGACCUUCAAAAUCCCAAAGACAAGCGGCAAAUCAUGUGCGACAAUGAUAUUGCUAUCCAAUAUGCUAUACUAUGCGUAUAA